AUAAAAAGGGAUUCUGCGAGUUUCAACCUUCUGCUAUCUUGGUACGGAAGUGCACGAAAACUUCAACUGGAUGACAGAGGUAAACUCAAGUUGUUACGGAACUUUGUACUGAAGGAGUUGAAUCACCUUGACCCUUAUAAUGGCAGAAAACGCUCAGAGUGUCUUAUUUUGUCAAAGAUCAAUUACAAUGUCCUUGUCAGUGAUCCUAUACCAGUUUAUCUUUUUAUGAGAUUUGAAAUACUACAGCUAGCGGCUGCUCGUUUUGUUUUAGGGCGCUAUGCAAUCAAGCAAGAUUUGCUUAAGCUAGGGUAGAUCCCAGUUGUUGAACGCAAGGAGCAGCGGGAGUAAAAAAGUUAAAGAAAAAGGUCCUUAUGUCGGCAACUUUUAACAGUUCCUUAACUGACAAACCAAAAGCGGACGGUGCGUUCUCCUCCUCACUCCACCCUAGGUCCUUUCUACGGAUAUUUAAAGCUGCGUAAAGCUACACGGAAAUGAAAGAAGUCAAAACAAAGACUUGAGGUCACACCUUGGAAUCGAACUCGGAACCUCCCGAACCUCGUUGCUCCCUGAGUCAUUAGAGAAAACACCUCAAAAUAAAGUCGAGGGCAAGGCUGCAUUAAAAAUCUUUUUUUUUAGUUUUCCCAGUUAUCGUUUUUAUUAUCAAUUCAUUGUUCAUAGUUUUAUAGCGAAGCGUCCGCGCGCGCAGCGGAGCCUCCAUUGUUAUAGAAUCGGAGCGGAGAAAAUUUGGUUAUGACGUCAGCGUACUCCCAUACAGAGUCUUGGGGAAAGGGAGGGAAGACUCAGUGAGUAAGGGGAAAGGAAUUAUUUACAGACACUCUGUACUCCUUUUUGAAGUGUUUAAUUAAGAUCUAAGCCCUCUUCUUAUUAUAGUGCUUUUGUAAUGUCUUGUGAAUCCCUUUCUUGUACUGUCUGGCUUGUUCUAAACCCAACAAUUUUUUUAAUGUUAUUGUCAAUGAUAUCUUGGCACUGAAUAAACACAAAUUUUCCUCGACAAAAAGUAAAUUACCUUAAUAGGUUCCUCAUCACAAGUGAAUAUUAGUUACCUUGCCCAUGCGCAAGUACACCAUUUGUGAGUGGUUUAAACAGACUUGAAGUAAUGACGAAGAAAUAUGUCGUUACACUGUUUCAAGAUCUCAUUUUGAUGGGUGUGAUCGGUAAUUUAGUUGACUGUUUUAUGGUCCCUUACUCUGUCCGGUAUGGUCUAAACGCGGCCCAUUUCAUUUUUUUUAUUAUAGUGAUGUCUUAGCACUGCACAAAUAUAUAUUUAUGUGCUGUUUAGCGAGGUUCUAAACCCGGUGCUUUAACUUUGAUCAGUUUUUUGUCAUGUAUUUUACAGGAAGUUUUUAAGGCGAGCAUUUUGAGGGGGAAAUGAUGUUGAUUUGGGAAGCAAAUAAAUUAGGGAAGAAAAGGUAUACACGUAAACCAGUUAGUCCGCUAAUGGGCUCAGAGGCACUCUGCUGUGGUGGUGGACUAUCUGGUAUUUGUCCACUAAUUAUUCACUUCAUAUUUUAAUUUUUAACAACCCCCAAAUCCAAUAUUUUCCAAUUUUCCCAACCUAAUUUUUAUACAUUAAAGACAUUCGAAAAAUCUUCCAAAAAUUAUUGAACCGAGGACUGCAAACCAAUUGAGCCUUUUUCGAUUGAAUGAAAACUUGGCUAGAUAUUGAAGAAAAAGGGCGGAAAUAUACGAAAAACAGUGCUUUUAACCAGACUCCUCCUUGAAAGAGAACUACGCCUGUUUCAAAUUUCUUUGGGGAUGUUUUUUUGACGUAUUUCUGUCCGUGCACAAUUGCAUGUAGUUUUUUGCGAAAUCUAGGCACUGUAGAUUCUUUCCAGGUACAGCGUUGUAACAUGAUUUAAUCAUCUGAAGUGGUGGGGUUAUCGGAGGAUCCAGACGGCUUCUUCCCUGCACGUUUUGAUAUGCCUAAUUAGCAGUUACUGUAACACUUUCCCUUGGAGGACUCUCUCAGGGAUUAAAAAAAAAACAUUAAUAAUUCAAAUGAAUCAAAACAAGGUUAAGAAUUUCAUAUGGGAGGAGGCGAACCUGCUAGCCAUUUUACGAGCGAGUCUGACGAUUUUAACUCGGGACGACCAAGAAAAAAAGUAAACCACUUUUUUUAAUCCUUUAAGGGAGUGGACCCCUCAACCAUGUAAAUUCUCAGCCCUGGGCCACUAUAUUAAGAAAUGUCGUAGACAAGUAAACCAGCUAGACUUCAAUCGGAGACCCUACAGAAAUGACGGUGUAGAAUUAGAAAAUUGAACAAGACCUACCUGGAGGAAGAAGUUUGAUUGGGAUUCUUUUACUUCUUGUUAGGCUUGAGGGUAAUGGGGGAUCAGGUGGGAGAUUGCAAUGCCCAUGCCUACUUCUGACUUCAAAGUAUUUAGCCUGUAGUAACCACUUGGGUGGAUACCUGAUCCGUAGUAUGACGUAGAAGAAUGCCAAUCAAACUUCGACUUCCAGAUAAGUCUUGUUUAAUUUU